UCGACGCGCGCAUCGCAUCGCAUCACACACUCUCUCAAUUACAUUGAGGGCUCGAUCAACGCUGCGGAGAGCAGGCUCGACACAUUCUCUACACACGUUUGCCCGCGCCUGGACCACCAACGCGACACAGGCGCCCACCACCUCUUCGGCCACCGAGCAGUUCCAAGCCCGGCCCUGCGUAACACCCCUCCCGGCCGCGUUCCGCGUACCUGCAGUCACCUCGUGUUAACUUGUCUCUGUCCUUCUCUCUCUCAACACCACCACCGCCGCCGCCAUGCCGUGCCUCCCGUGCAUGCAGCUCAACCCGAGCUUGCAGAUCCUCAACGAGUGCUAUCCGCCCCCCAAGGACCUGCUCAAGUCGGGCCCAGAGUUCAUGCCCCUGUCCCAGGACACGUCCAAGCUCACCUACUAUGCGACCAACAAGCCAAGCAGCCUGGGCAAGAUUGGCGACGAGCUCGAGCGCCGCAUCGCCAAGGAGGCAAGAGCGAGCACUGGCGGCUACCCCAAGUCGCGGGCGUCCCUCCUCAUCUCCCUCGUCAUCCUUCACCGCCUGUUGACAGAGUGCAAGGGCGAGAUUGGCAAGUUUGCGCUGCAGACAAUGCGGAUGAUUUCCUCGGCCCUCGAUGUCAAGGUGUACCAGAAGAACGACACGGACCUCGAGGUCGCCGCGCGCGCAGCGAGUUGCUUCAAGGCCUUCGCGACGUUCACCGACGGCGCCGCGAUCGGCGUCGAUGACACCCUGACGGACGAGUACCUCGGCGUGCUGUCCAAGUUUGCGCAGAUGGCAACGACGCAGCACACGUCCGAGAAGCCAGACGACGAGGAGCAGAGCCGUACCCGCCUUGUCGGGCUGCAGGCGCUCAGCUCCGCGGCAGGGAGUGAAGCAGUGUUCGGGAGCAACGUCGAGUUCCCGCGCCAGGUCAAGAUCAUCGUCCCCGCGCUCCUGACUAUUAUUUCAGAAGCGCCACUCGCCGACCUCAAGGACGAGUCGUCAAAGAAGAGCCCCGUGGGCGGCGAUAACGUCUCGCCCUUCUUCCGCGAGUUUGCGGUCCGCAAGCCCAUCAACGACCGCCGUGCGCCCAGCUUGCACGAGCACGUGCCGGGAGAGAAGGGCCCAGGGAGCGAAGAUGUCCGCUCGGCGGCCCUCCGCUGCUUCUACGACCUCAUCGGCGAGUGCCAGGCGUCCCAGGCCAACACAGUGCUCGACGUCUGCUUUAGCUUCCUCGACAAGGUCGGCUGGAACGACGUCGAGCGGUGCUGCUGGCUCGCCGAGCGCCUCACCGCCGCCAUGCUCCUCCAGUCGCGUUUUGUCGUCCCCACUCGCCUGGUCGAGCUCCUCGUCAACCUCCCCGACGACAGCCCGCCUACGCAAAAGCACUCUUCGGUGCUGGCCAUGAUCACGACUAUUCUCAGCUCCAACGUCUCGCUCGUGGGCCUCGCAAUCACCGAUAUCCUCGCCAGCCUCCUCAGCGUCAUCAUCCGCAGAGUUGGCGUCGAUUCGCGCGACGCCCUCCUCCCCGCCCUCGUCCAGUGUGUCUCGUCUCUCGGCACGCACAUCUACUACGCCGACCAGAUCAACGACAUUGUCGAGGAAAUUGCCCUCCAGAUCCUCGCAGUGCCGGCCUCCAACCCCGCACAGCAGGAGACCCUCCGCGUGCUCAUCUACUGCAUCACGGGCGUUAUGAAGGCUGCCGACCUCGGCGACCAGGCAGAGGCCCGCGUGACGAGCCCAAUCUCUGAAAAGCCCAUUGACAAGGGCAAGGCGCCGCUCCUCGAGACGCCCGCGAUCGACACUCGCCGCGGCCUCGGCCGUCGCAACCCCAUCGCGCCCGAGGUGUGGCAGGAGACUCUGCCGCUGCUGUGCGAAGCGUCGUACCCUGUCCGCGCGGCCUACGUCCAGGCCUUUGUCUUCUACCUCGAGACCGAGAUGCCGCGCGACCGCAAGCCGCGCCCCAACGAGCCCAACAUUACGCGCUUCUGUAACGCCGUCAUGGCUGCGAUUUACACCCUCGCCAUCAGCUCCAAGCUCGGCGUCGCCGAGGCGCUGCCCACCCCGCCGGACUCUCCCCACCCGAUCGAGAAGAUUUCCGACCCAGUGGAGAAGGUUACUGACGCCGCAACCUCCCCUUCCAAGGCCGUAUCCUGGAACGUCAACGUCAUCGAGCCCACGCCGAACGGUAGCCUCGCGAGCAAGGCCAACCCUCCUGCCAUCAACGUGCCGAUCGCCAACGCCAACGCCAGCACGGGCGCGGGCAACUCGGGCCACACGACGCCGGUGUCUCGGAAACCCCUCCGCGGCGGCCGCCGUGUCUCCCUCCCGCUCAACCGCCUCGAGUCCGGCGCCAACCUCACGUCGUUUGACAACGUCGCCACGCCGUUCGACUACUCUGCCAUUCUGAGGAUUCUCGACGAACUCAACAACUGUGUGCCCGUCGCGGCGCUCCUUACCGCCGCGCCGAUGCUCCUCGCGCUCGACCGCGACGCCGCCACCGAGCUUAUCAGACGCCCUGGAGAUGGCCGUACCGGUGCGUGGGUGAUCGAGCGCAAGCGCGCCUGCCGCGAGACUGUGGCCUUUGCGUGGCGCCGCCUCGCCGACCGUUGGGGCGUGGCCUCGGCUGUUCAGCUCGCCGACAAGGCUAUCAACUCGCUCCCCGAGCCCUUCUCCGUGCCAGACUGGCGCGCCCCACUCUCGCAGGACGACGUGCUCCCGCCCCCUGCCGAGCCCGCGGCCUUCUUCCGCGACCAGACCGAGGGCGAGUCGCAGUCGUCGAGCCUCCCGAUUCUCGACCCCGCCCAGCUCGUCACGGCCUUCUCCACCUCGCCCUCGGUACAGGCCACCACUGGCCGCGACCAGGCAAGCAUCGCCCGUCGCUUCACCUCGCCUUGGAAUGUCGAGCUGGCCAUCAAGGAGUCGCUCGAGCGUUACUCGUCUUCGGCCCCCGACGGCGAGCUGCACGGCAACGCAGCCGAGAUGCUCAUGGCCAUCCCAAACUCUUCGUACCAGUCCCUCGGGCACCCCGUGUCCCGCUCGGUCGACGUGGCCGACCUGCGUGACGCGCUCGACGGUGGCGGAGGUGACAGAGGCAGCGUGGUCAACAUGCCUGGCUCGGGCGCAAACUCGUUUGUCAGCACGGCGACUGAUGUGGCGCUGGGCUCGUCCCCAGACGCCAAGCGGCCCAAGCCACCAAAGCCCGACACAAAGGACAUCCUCAACCAGAUCUUCAAGGACAACGACAAGAGAAAGGCAAAGACGUCCAACGGACCAAAGGUGCCCCCGUCAGCCGAUGCCCCCAUCAAUGUUUAG